AUCAUGGCGGCUGUGAAAAGGUUACGGUCCGAAAAUCGAAGUAAAUUAUGCCAGUUAUAGUAAUUUAUUAAGUAAAUCAAUUUUAUGAAAUGAGACGUUACUCGCGUAGGAGAAAUUAUGUGUAACCUUUUAACAUCAGCAAUGGAAACUAAAGUAACUAGUAAAACCAGUAGUUUGAAAGCUCUUUUAUUACGCGCAUGGAGAGAACGUUGGAGUGAUUUACAAUGGGGUAUUAAUAUUAAAACAAUAUUACCAAGAGGUGUUAGUGGAGAUGUAUAUAAUUUAGCAGACUGUAUAUUGCAACAGGCAUUAGUAGGACUUGGUCCAAAUCAGUUAGUACUGUCUUACUUGAAACAUUCAUUAAGCUCUCAGUUGGUCUCCUAUGCCGCUGUACUGCAACGAAUAAGUAAAUACGACGCCUUUCACAAGCCCCAUUGUAUCCUAAGUCUACUAGAAUUCCUAGAAUCUAUCCAAAUAGGUAUAACCUGUCGUGGUAAACCGGAGGAAGAUCUUUUGGCAGCUGCAGUUCUGUCAAUUGUUAAUUGGCUAUUGCAAUGUUACUUGCAUACCGUAACAAAGAUGCCUCAGAGCAGUCCCUUGACUCCGCAACCAACCGAACUAAUGGACAAGCCUGCCAGUAUAUUAAAACAGAUGCUUAAUUCUGAUUUCCUUUGCGCGAUGAUGUACUUAGCCAAAUACGAUGACAAAGAUUUGUACAUAGAGGUUGUGAAAAAAUGUCAAGAGAUCGAGGCUCUGUUGAAAACCAGUAGCCUAAAGUCUUCUGUGCCGAUCGAGGAUUCACUGAAAAAAUUGUGCAAUUUGGAGGUCGAAUGUCUGGCCCUGUCCUCGGAAAUGACCCAAAUGGAAUCCAUAACGCACUGCCUGCAGCCGUUGUUCGCGGUUCAAGUGUUACUGAAUCCCAGCACGGAGACGGCUGUGUUUGUUAAUCAAUUGUUGAUGGUCCAAAGACUCAAGAAUUAUACGAAUUCGCGAUUGUACUGCGAGAUAAUACGCGCCUGUUUGAUGUGCCUGCACAAUGUUACCGGCACAUUCAAGGAGUCGCAGUGGGGCGCUUUCACGUUUUUAAAAGUGCCCCUUAUUUUAAAGGAGCUGCAUGUUGCGCAUUCGAACGGCGAUGAGAAAUCGGAGUAUUCGCAAGACAUCCUGGACGCGUUCGAGCUUCUGCUCCAAUUCACACCUCUUCUGGAUAUAAUGGACACCGCGUGUUCGUGCAACAGCGUCGAGUGCCUCCUGAACGCACUGCAGAAGGUGAAUUUAGUCACGGAGAAGCAAGCGAAACAAUUGAGCGGUAGAAGGGAGGGUGUCACGGCCACUUUACAAAAGUUAGAGUCUUCUACAUCGACACCUUCGAUUCCAAAGGUAAUCGUCAGAGCCGAGCCAACGUUGUCCGGGAUCCUGAAGACGCUGAACGCCGAUUACACGAAGAUUCACGAGGCUUUGUUGAGCAUGCUGUAUCAAGUCUUGACCGGAAAGAGUUUCGAGCUGAUGUUGGCUGUGGCGACUGUGGAAGGCAAGCUAAAAACUUUCGUCACCAAGCUGAUCAAGUUCAACGAGUGCAGCAAGCAGAUCAACGAACCUGUCCCACCAAAGACCGCGGCAACCAGAGCGAUGCUGUUCGACGUAUCGUUUCUGAUGCUCUGCUCCAUAGUGCAAACGUAUGGAUCUGAUGCCGUGCUAGAGGAGGGAGGCGGAGACUCCUUCUUCGAGCAAUGGGUACGCGAGUGUAUGCCCGAACGGAACCAACCAAAGUCGCCCCAGAAAAUGUUGCAGAACAUCGACCCCGCCAGAGUGGAUGCUUUACUGGCGCAAAUCAAUUCGCCGGAUCCCGAUUUCAAAUCCAGUAAUAUAAAGUGGCACAUUGCGUGUCAGUCGGCCAUGGGUGCUGUCAAAGAGCUUCUCUGCGCUUGGGAAAGUGACGUAUUGGGCGCUGGCGAUGUCAAAAGGGCUCUAGAUGGCUUGCGAGCUACUGCCUGCUGUUUGCCAGUUUGCGCAGCGGCUUGGCUUUGCGCGUAUAUGAGUAUCACUCAUCAGGAUGCCCUCUUGAAGCCCAUGAAUAUGGUGCAGCACUUUUUAACGCCGCUACCAGGUGACGAAAUGCAGGAUAAUCUCAAGGAAAGGUCGAGCCUGAUGUCUCAGAUCAUUCGAAAAAUGCAGUACGAUGUCCAUCCUCCCACACAGUCGAAGACGAAGGUGCUGUCGAUGUCUCAUAGUAUUAUAUCGAGGCAACCGAUAUUGGAGCAAUUGGAAACCGUUUGGACGACCGUCAAUCAACGAGGAUGGAUAAAUAUACAAGCGACACAGUCCCUAGAAUCAUUAUUAAACACUGGGGGGUCGCUGUGGUUCGUCUCGAAUAUAGUGAAGGAGGUGUUGAAGUAUCGUUACCAGGAGGAGUUGGAUCAGGCCGUAGAUUUAGCGUUCGCCAUUUUUCACCUUGACAUCGAGAACUGUACAUUAGACCUCAUAAACCAUAUCAUUCCACAAUAUUUAUAUAAUUCAUUACAGAGCGAGGAACUCGUAGAGCCGCAGUCCUCGGUGUUAGCGAAACUGUGCGUCUACUGUAUAUUUUCUACAUUAGAGUAUAACAAUUCGAAUCCUUAUCGGGGGAACAGUAGAAAACGGGUGAGACGUGAUUUAGACGCCGAGGAACUCGACGCUCUCAGUGUGCCAGCGAACAAGAUUCUCAGAUUGAACGAGUCGGGUGAUUCCAAUCCAAUUUUCGGUUCCCAAAGCCCGCAGGCUCAAGGACCAACCAAUGGACAGAAGUCGGUGGUGCUGAGAGAUCCACUUCUGUCGUCGUUGAACGGACUGUUUACGAUAUUCACGUUCCUGGCUGGAAGAGACGGUGAAGUGUCCCAACAGACUCAUUUUAUUCUUCAGUUCUUGCGUCUAAUGGUACAAUGUGGAAUGCCGCAAACAUUGGUCCCUUGCCUUCUAAAAGCACUGCCCGAAUUGUUCACGACUGAUAUAUUAUUAAGAUUUUACGAUAUUCAGACUGCAGCCGGACGUAAAGCAACCGCACGGGAUCUAUGCAUGCUCAGAAAUAUCACUCUGAAACCCACGAAAUAGUACUGAUCGCGUGUUAACAAAGCAAGAGAACCACUCUCGGACGAGCACACUGAUUUAUAGAAGCGAACGAUAAGUAUGGAAUAAUAGUGAGACAUCGAUUAUAUUAUUAUUUUAAAAUAUACGAAUUUAAUACGA